CUCGGCUGGACUCUUGGGGACGCACAAGCCACUGUAUCAAAAAAAAAAAAAACCCUCUGGAUUUUAUAUGCUGAAGUAGGCCGAUCAAUUUGCAUAAUAGCGGAACAUAAAGGCAUGCGCUCCAGUCUUGUGCCCAUUGUCGCUGGAUGGGUUCAUAUUGGCUGCCUGGAGCCUGCCUCCCUCAAAACAUGUCACCACCCUGCUCCCACGGCUAACAAUCAGGGCCUAUUUGCAGACCUGAAGCGGUCUAGUCUGGUCUUCAUGGGAAAAUAUCUCUGGCUUUGAUAUGUGCACAAGAGACAAGCCAAUGUGAGCUCAGCCGCCGUCCAGCUCGGUCGUUUUUUUGGUUGCAAACUGUCCACGGCUCGUCAGACCGUCCUCUCCAUCCACUCACGUCUGUGUUCAGAGAGAGUCCUGUCUGCCCACCAUCAGUCAGUUUUCUCCUGUGUCGGUGCAAGUCUGAUGGAUCAGCAUGUCUACCACUAAUAAUAUCGCCCAGGCCAGGAAACUGGUGGAACAGCUGAGGAUUGAGGCAGGGAUUGAACGCAUUAAGGUGUCUAAAGCAGCUGCAGACCUGAUGAGUUACUGUGAGCAGCACGCUCGUAGCGACCCUCUGCUGGUUGGGGUUCCCACCUCCGAAAACCCUUUCAAGGACAAGAAACCCUGCAUCAUCCUAUAGCUGCACUACACUCCUCCUACCCUCACACACACAUACACUCAUACACACUCAGUACUUAAAUUGAUCCCCAAACACACACUUCAAGCAGCAUAUAGCACACACACACACACACACACACACACACACACACUCACAGUCCCAAAAUACCACACUCUGGAAAAGCGCCAUACCCCGAAGCCACAGCUAGGGGGCAGGUAUCUUGUGCUCACAGUGGCUCUGAGAUCAGUAUAUCACUGAGUAUGAUCCAAGGUGCUUUGGUAAUAUUCAUAUAUGCUGGUAAAUUAACUACAAGUGUCAGCUUAACUUGAAAAAAAAAGGGAUUUGGACAUUAACAAUAAGUAGGAAACCAGGAUUUCUUUUUCUCCUUCUUUUGUCAUGAAGUAAGGGGUUGGGUAGGAUGGACAGCAAUGCCAUACUGUAGGCAGGGAGUGGGAGGAUGCAUGUGGGCAACAGCAAAGGACGGUAGGCGCUCCUGCCGACCGUGCCAAACACGACCUGAUGUCCUGAUUACAAGCUUUUUUUCUUGAGGUAGUUAAAAAGCUGUGGGAGCUUUGCCCCCCCACCCCGCCCCCUCAAAACCUGCCUGUGCUAAAUAAUGGCAGGUCAUUUCGGAGCGAGUGGCUGAAAGCCUUUGCCUUUUAUCGGGCCUAGCAUGUUCCCACCCCAAAAAAAAAAACCUGUAUCGACAGACCUUCUCUGCCUGUGGCCUCACCAUGGCCGUCCGCAGCCUUUUGGCCAAACCUCCAGCUGUGCCAACAUGUACAGUACAGAAAGUCGUCUCUAUAGAUGCUGAUCUGCCGUCACUGAUUCCUCUGCAGUUCAUUACGGCUGCUGUUGGUUGAAAAAUCGAUGUCUAAGCUGACCUCAGAUCUGCACCUAUGAGGGGAACAUAGUGAACUGCUCUACACAGAACUCAAGCUAUAACCCCCGGACGUUUACUGCAUUUUUUCUGAAGAAAUAAUUGUUUGUGAACUCAAUGUAUGUUUUGAUAUUUUGUUGAAGCAUUACUUAACAGAUAAAAUAAUACUCUACUUUUUUUUUUUAUUAUUGUUUUGCUUUGACAUAGGUGUUGCCCCUGGCCGAUCAGGUUUCUCCAUCGUUAAAUGCUAAUGAAAUGACAGGAGAUCUGGUUGUAAGCCAGGGGUUUUACCUAACCAGAUACCCGCUAGGAUCUUAAUCAAUGGUUUAUACUGUACACCAAGCCUCCCUGUGCUUUACCCCGAGAGAGGGCGAGGUCGCACACCUGAGAAUCAGCCUGUAAGAGCCCCAAAGCUGGAGGAGAAAACCCGAACUCACACAGUAAAAGUGAAACUUUCCCUUCCCCACCUUCUCCGCUUAUGUUUGGUUCUUUCAAUUGACAGUUCAGUGGAAGGAGAAGAAGAGCUAUAUCAGAUCAGAUAGUGCGAGGAGGUGUUUGUUUCGUUUGCCUCUGCAGCAGAGAAGGGGGGGAUACGUCUUGUUUUAAUAAAUGCAUAAUAAUUCUGGCUUUAAAUCAGAUUAUGAAAAAAAAUAUGACUUGGCUUUACCACUCUUUAAAGUCACCCCAGUAGAAGAAGAAGCUUUCUUUAAUGUGAGCUCAGACUGGUCACGGAGCCAAGCGGUCCCCUCUCGGUUUCCUCCUCUCCUCCACAAUGCUCCUCCUCUCUGACAAACCAAACUUGAUUGUAAAAACUGAAGACGAGGUGAAAAAACAACAACAAAAAAAAACGAAGUCAAGAGAAACAAACUAAGUGUAUAAACUUUCUUUCAGACAUGUGCAGAAGUGAUAAGUUGAAGAGUAGCUGUUUUGGGUUUAUUUUUGAGUUUCUUCUUUCUAUGGAGUCCAUGGAACCUGGUCAGUUGAGUAUUACCCUGUACAGUGUUUGUAAGAUACAAAAUCUAAACACAGAAUCCUCCUCUGUGGAUGUUGGAUUUUUUUAGUACUACUUAUUCCGUUCCGUCAGUCAGAAUCAUGUCUGUCUUUUAUUAUUAUUAUUAUUAUUAUUAUUAUUAUUAUUAUUAUUAUUAUUAUUAGUAUUAUUUUUUUUGUCAUUCAGGUUUUAGAGGCCUGUGAUAGCGGAGGAUGGUUUUAACCACAGAUACAAACACAAACGCCUGAUGAGGAUAUAUUAAAAUAAUGUAAGAUAGAAACAAAACGCCCUGUUAGGUUAAGGAUCAUAUCCUGUUUAGCGGAUUAAUCAACAUCGGACCUCAUUCCAGUGGCAAAAACCAGCCUCCCGAUCUAUCCUUUAACACCAGAGCAGCCCAAGUUUUUGGUUUCGGUGGGCUACAGGCAACUAUGACAACACACACACAAACACACACAACACACAACACACACUCUCUCUUGCAGUUGUUUUUUAGUUUGACUGUCAAAGGUUAAAGGAGUGGUAAGGUUCAGCAUUGAGUGCUGCUUUAGACGGUUAGUUGCUGAAAGGAAAGGGGCUUUGUGCCAUCAUAUUUACAUUUGAGCAUUUAGCAGAGGCUUUUGUCAGGAGGCACAUACAGUGACAGAGCAGGGUGGAGCCAUUGGACAGGAUUUAUGGCUGCUGAUGGACUGUUAGGGGAGUUGAACCCACUGCUUUUCUGUGCUCUAAUCACUAGGUCAAUACGAGCCACCUGCCACACUGACUUUCUGGAGGCGGUGAGAGGUGGAUUUUUUUUUUUUCAGACAGUCCUGUGGGGAAAACUUGCACACAUUUUCUGAAUCCUUUGUGUCUGUUCCAUGAAUAUGAAGUCACAGCCAGUCAGCUUAACAUAAUGUCGGGAAACAGCUAACAAAAUACCACUAGCAGCACCUCUAAGGUGCAAUAAUAAACAAGUUUUUCAUACUUUUUUCACAUUUCCCCGCUUCAUAUUAUAAGUGAAUAGACAUGAGAGUGAAAUCAAUCAUCUCAUCUAACUCUACUGCAAAUUAUUUUGAUUUAAAAACUAUGAAUCCAAAUCAGGUUUAAACUGUUUGUUCACCGUGGGCGACGGUUCCUGAUACAAAGCUCGGCUUCAUCACCCAUUUACCAUUUGCCAAACAGAGAGAGCAGACAGUUCCCAAAGUACAGAGAGAGCAGGAGCUGGAGAAAGGCCAUGGAGGGGGCUGAGGGUGUGUGUGUGUGUGUAGGUAGUUGACUUGGCAGAACAGUAGGCGGUGAAGAGAAAACAGGGGUGCACACAUGUUCCUGUAUGUCUGUGGGAUGCAUUUGCGAGAGACAGUGUGUAAGAACACACAGUGCUGUGCAGAGUGUCACAUUGUAAUGUAAUGUUGUCCAGGUCAUGGUGAGUCUGACCGGAGGAGAGUUCAUGUGACGCCGCGUGAGUCAGAGCGGCAUGUUUGGCCUCCGCUCGCUCUUUGUGUCAGUCGGAGGUUAGUGUGCACAUCGUGGAGAAGAGCAGGGAAGGAUUCAGUCACAAGCUAAACUUGUUCGGAUGAUGUGUGGGAAGCUAUUUUUGAUGUGAUGACCAAUAGUAACCCCAGUAAUAGUCACAAUGCACAACUUAUUUUUCUGCUUUGCUCUUUUUGUGCCUGACUCAGCUACAUUUUAUUGGCUGCAUUUAAGCCUCAGAGACCCAAAAGAAUAGUUUGAUAUUUUGAGAAAAUACACUUGUUUGCUUUUUUGCAGAGAGUUAGUUGAAUGGAGUGACGCCACUCUCAUAUCUGUCCAUUCAAUAGGAAGUCCUAGAAAGCCCUGUAAUGCUUCUGUAGUUUAUUGCAAUCUUUUUCACCGUUCUUUCUGAAAACAUGAAGCAUGUUCCUGAAGUUUGCAUCCUUUACAGAAACUACAAGUGUAGCUGGUUUCAUCACACACGCCUGAGCAAUGAUGUUUAGCAGAACAUCUAGGGCUUAUGGGGAAACUAUGUUUGGCCACUAAAACCUACCAGACUUGAUUCGAUCACACCCAACAUAAUGUCGAGAAAGGCUCUAUUAGCAUUACUGGAACACGGCAAAGAAGUUCCAGUUUCACUUCAGCUCUCUUUGCAGAGCUUGGCCAGCUGUUCUGUGCUCUUUAUGCUAAGCUAAGACAACCAGCUGCUGGCUGUAGUUUUCUAUUUCGCAAAAAAGACGCGAAAAGGAUGUCUGCAUCACACUGUUUGCAAUGAAUCCUUUGCUAAAAUGUAUAUAAAAGGGAUCGGCUGAAGAAAUAUAAUAACUAUACAAACAGAAAUCAGAGUACAAAGUGCAGUGACAGAUGAGAAUUAACUCUGAAUUACGGAUACGGGAUAAGCCUUAAAACUAUUCCAAGAAUCUGAAGAAUGAGGAAAUGACUGAAAUUGUGUUUACGCGUGGAAAGGCCCUGUGAUUUCUUUGCAAGGUGCGGCUAACCUCAAAGACAGUAACAACUUCAAGAGUCACGCCACUUAAAAGAAACACACACAUACACACUGAUGUUGUCAUGGAGUUGCCUGACAGUUUUUUUUUUUUUAAUCAUUAUUAUUUUUUCAAUCAUUCCAUAGCUGGUUGGGCUUACAAUCAGAGACAGCCGGCCUGGUUUGGCUGACAGUUUGUCUGAUUGGUUGGUUGUUAUUUUGCCUUAUAGUGGCGUAUGUUGUGUUAAUGCUGGUCUUGGAGUUAUCAGAUCAACAGAACGAACGGUGUUGAAGUAGAACACGUGGCUCGAGAUGGAAAUCCACUGGUGUUGUGACGCAAAGCGAGCGCGGUGAUAUAAUUAUUUCUGGUCGGGUGAAGGAGAAUCGAAGCUCCUCAUUGGUGGACUUUGAAAUCUAACAUCGCUGAAUCAACUCUGAGCCCUUCCCGAGACUCAUCUUUUUGUGUUCUGAUCUCCUGUGUAUGCAUACAGUAUAUGUAUCUUUUUGCCUUGAUUGAUUAUGAAGAAAAUAUAUCUAUUUUUUGUAACUGUUCUCUGAUGUGCCAUAACUCAUGUUUUCUUGCACACUGUUAAUAUUUUGUGGAUAUUGCUGUUAAAAAGAUGAUAUUGAGAAGUAGAUAACAUUAAUAAAAAGAUGAUAUAAUAACAAGUGC